AUGCUGCCCAACAAUUGCAAAAUGCUGCCGUUGCACGUCGCGUCGGCCCAAGGUUUUGUGAUUAUAGUUAUGGUGCUGGCCAGGGAUCUCAACGGGUGUACCCGUGUUAAACCCGCAUUUUUUCGAAGGCUAUAUACGUCCCAGUCGGGCUAAAACGGAGAAAAAUCUUUUUUUUAGAGUAAAAGGCAAAGGCCUAGAAGCGAAGCGUGUUAAUUUUCGUUUACAGAAUGCCAAAACAUUGAAAAAGACUCAUUGACCUUGAAAAUAUUAUCAAUUAUUACAUACAUUGAAGUUUAUUAUACAUAAAAAUACUAUCAAUAUACCCAUAAAAAAAGAGGUUUGAUUCAUUUUUCAGGCAACAUUGAGUUCAUUCGUGCCGCCACAAAAUUCGACAAUCAGAUGGUCAAUUCUCGGGACGAAUUUGGUCAGUUUUUGCUGGGUAUCACGAUCCUUUAAAGGUAGGAAAAAAUUCUAAAUAAAUUUUGACACGAAGAGGUUUUUCAUUGUUGUAAAAGACCGCGAUCAAUAGCUGAACCUACAAAAAAGGAAAAUGAGAUUAAGGGUUUAUGAAUCAAAUUGAAAAUAAAAAGAAAAAGAAUCAUUAUAAUUUUUUUAUUUUCGAUGAUUCAGAUAUUUUGGAGCUUUUUCAAGUUUUAUUUGGUCUGAAAAAAUGAGAUCAAAAAGAGAGAAACAUCGCUUUUUUAUUCCUUUGAUUUUUUUAAACCUAUCCCGCAGCAUUAUCACGGCUUUCUUUUUCCUCCGAGCUACAGAACCAUUCUUUUUGAGACACGCGGCCUGUCUCUGUGCAUGCGCCUUCAAUUUAGCUGAAAAGUUUCCGUUAAUGUAAAGGCGCAUGCACAGAGACAGGCCGUGCAUUACGAAGGGAAUGGUUCUGUAGCUCGGAGGAAAGCAAGAAGCGCGACAAUCUGCUCAGGAUGGCCAUACUGGUCAUUGAAGAGUAAUCUUAGGGGGCAAUAAAGCAAGCAAAAGUGUCCACUAUAGGGAUUUUCCAGGAUGUACCCCAUGUGUUUACGCGGUUCAAGGAGGCUGUCUGAGCAGCGUAAGGUAUUUGGUCGAAAAGGCGCGCAGCGAAAUGGGCAGCGUCAGUAAUCGAGGUACUUCUUUUUACCGUUUCAGCGAAAACAGUUUAGAAAAUAGUUCUGAAGUUUUAAUAAUUUAUUUUUGGGUCCGGAUGUUAAUAAUUACAAGCUUGAGUUUUUUUCAAGUCUGAUACUUAUUCUUCGAAGUCUUUUUUUAGACUGAGAGAUAAAAAAAUUUCAUAUUUUCUUUAAAAAUAAACUGAAUUUUAAGUCCAAUUUUUCGCUUUAAUUACAAAAAAAUCAGCCUUUUUUUCCACCAAAAAGGAUCUUUUUCCUCGUUUUUUUCGAAGUCUUUCUCAACUGGGAGAUGAAGAUCAAAUGCUUUUUUUGGAAUGAACCGUAUUUUUCGCACUAUUUUUCCUUGCGAAAUGCCUAAAAUCUAGGCGCUCAGAGUCUCCUCCAUCUGGGAAAAGGGAAAAUGUAUACUUUCCAGAGAAUAAACUUAAUUUUUGGACCCAAAGUACGUUUUUCCGUCAGGAGCAAGGCUUUCCCAACCAGGACACGACGGACAAAAUUUCAAUUUUUUUUUCUUCCGAACUACGGAAUUUUCAGGCCAAUCCCUGCUCCACAUCGCUUCUCUGUGUGGUCAUGACCAUAUUGCCCGUUGGAUUUUGCACAGGACUGGAAGCGACGCGAUCCUUUGGACGACCAAUGAUCGGAGCCCAACGCUGUUCAUUGUGCUGCUUGUGGGUCUUUGAAUUGUUUUAUAGUCUGUGUGCCACAUCUUGAAAGAGUCGAAAAUGAGUAAGCUUUAAAUGAUCCUUGAAGGAACGAUUAAACUGGGUUUUAUUGAUUUUUCAAAUUAUGAAAACACACCUGCGAAAAUUCGAACGACUUUUCCAAUUUUUGCAUAUCGUUAGGGAACUUUCCGACGAAAUUUUUUCGACUUUUUCGACUUUUUCCCUUAUGUUUUUCGGUUUAUAAAACAUUCAUAAACUUUUUUUUCUUAUUUCUUUGUGUUUUAAAGAUGAACCAACUACAUACUUUAUAUAGGAAGUUUUUAAAAACGAAGAUUUUAUUGAGAAAAAGAGUCGGAAAAAAAGAUUCGUCGGAAAGUUCCGUAGCGAUAUGAAAAAAUCGGAAAAGCCGCUGUAUGAAUUUUUCGCUGGUGUUUUUUUUUAGCACCGCUGGAAGUAACAAGUGAAUUUUUUUCUUUGAAAUGGUUUAACUUGAGUAUGAAACACAGAUUCGAGGUUAUAAAAAUGGAAUUUUUCAAAGUUUUUUUGUGUUGAAUUUCUCCCGAUUUUUUUCAACGAUCGUGUUGUUUUUUUGAUCAUUUAUUCCCUGUUUGUAGUCUCAUUUUGCAGUUGCGGGUUCGGUUCCGGUCCUCGCCCAACUUCUCGCUUCUUUCGGGAAGAAAAGACGACAGCAGGUCCUGGCCAUUCGGGAUUCUCGGUACAUUUUUCGUUUGAAAAAAUGUUGAUUGGAUUUUUUUAAACCUUAAUAACUUUAAAAGACGUGAUUGUAUUUGAAAAUUUCUCUAGUAUUAAAAAUAAGCGUUGAAACAGGAAAAUCACACAAAAUUAAGUUUGACCCCUAGAGGGGAACCUUCUAGAACCUUUUACCUUUUAAGGAACCUUUGAAGACUUUCAAGGUUGCCCCUCUAGGGACCGCUCUACCUUUCUUUAGUAUCUUAUAACUGAAUUUAAAAGAUAAACGAAAAAAAAAUAGUAGGAAAGCUGAAAAAUAGAUUAGAAAAAGGGGCGUGGCCUGUCUGCGCUCUCCACGAGACAUGGACUAUCUCGUUUUUUCUAAAAUCGUGUUAAGACCCAUUUUUCAAUGGUUUAAACCAACCGUGAAUAACCUAGUUUAAUUUUAUUUUUUAUUUCAGUGGAAAUACGCCCCUUCAUCUCGCAGCCAUCAAUAAUCACUUGGAUGCUGCUCUUUUCUUGGUUCGUUUUUUUUGUUCAUUUUUUCUUGAAAAAGAGAUUUUCAGUUGGAAAACGGAGCAGAUUCCCAAUUGGUCAACUCGACCGGCAACAGCCCUCAAGCCAUUGCCGCGAUGAGGGGACACCGUCAAAUGGAGCGUCUUGUGGCGGGUUAUAAUGGUAGGAUUGCUGUUUUUCUAGCUGUUGAUAAUAGAAUUAUACUAUUUCCAGUGGUUAAUGAACACUUUGCAGUAAAGUUCCCCCGUACUAUUUAUUUGAAAAGAGGUCGUUGCUUCGUUGCUUUUCAGUGAAAUAGUUCGUUUUUAGUUGCUCUGGUGAUUAAAAAAAUAUGAAAAAAAUGGAGGGGGACUAAUGCGGACAAGAGUUGUCAAAGUUAGGUAGGCGGGACUUUCUUGAAGAUUACCUGAUUACCUAAGCAAUCUAGAAUCGUUGGGCGAGGAGGGGGUUUUAGUUCUAGAAUAAGAAAUAGCCCCCAUCAAAAGGUUUAGUUUUCAACUUGUCGAAUUUCGGCGGGGGGACUUUUUUUCUUUCCUAAAUGUUAAUAACCUUCCUUGAGAGCAAAAUCGAAAAAAUUCGAAAACUUUUCAAAAUGCCACUAAAACCGAACUGCAAAUGGCGCACCGUUUCAACACCAAAAAUCAAUUUUUCAUAUAGUUUAAAGAAAUUCCAGGAAAGAAAAAGAAGACGAAGGCGAAAAAGGCGCAAUCCCUCCACGAUCUGACCCAACACCCGUCCCUUCGCUCGGCCCCCUUGAGUCCCGGGCCGAGGAGCCCGGGCGGGUUCACCACCUUUUCCAAUGGAACCAGUGCUGGUCGGCGUUCUCCUUGAAUAGUUUUAUAUUUGAUUUUUCUAGGAUUUGAAGAGAGAACUUUGUCCCCGAGAGCCCUCAGUUCUGGAUAUUCGAGCAACGGCGACGCCGCUGAUUCUUUGUGAGUUUCUAGCUGAAUUUCAAGAAUGUUUCGUGCAUUUCGCUCACCAGAUCAGUCAGAAAAGCAUGCUGAACAAAUUGCCCUUUAGUUCAGAAUUUUAAAUUUUUGAAGAGUAGUUCAAAAUUGUGUCCUCUUUAAAAUUUGUACGAUUUUCAAGUUUCAAGGCGUUUUUGUUAGUGGAAAAAAAAUGCGAAACCAAAAACACGGUCGGCGGAAUCAAAAUACCCGCCGUUCCCACGUGACGUCAUGAUUUUGGCUCCAAAAGCCUAAAUAACAGGACACAUUAAAGGCGCAGGCCGCCGUAUUGCCAGAGGUCUUUGAGACGAAUCGAAAUUUCUCUACAUAAAUGCAAAUCUGUGCGCGAAAGCGGCGCAGUGCAUGCACACGACACACAACACUUUACGGAGAAAAAGUGGGCGUGGCGUUGUCGAAAAACGCCGUGGCUUGAUUUAUCGAAAGAUUCAAAAAAAAAAUAUUGUCGGCUUAAAAAAAGUUUGACUUUUUUUUGAGUCAAAUUUUCUGAAAUGAAACAUUUUUAGGACCAGCGAAAGUGUGGAAAUCGUUCGCCAUCGGUUACGGUAUGUCGAAGAUGGAGCCGAUUCGUUGCGGGACUCGGCCGCUCAAACCGAUGUUGAUUCGCUUCAAGAUCACAUCAAGGUAAUGUCUACAGUAAUUUUGGCAAUUUCGAAAUUGAAGCGUUAUUCGCAAAAAUACGCAAAGUGGACCGACAUGAUUCAUCGACUUUGAGAUACAUUUCAAAAAUAUUAAAUUUUCAGGUGAUCGACGAUAAAACUUGGGCCGGCUUGGGCCUUUCGGCCGUCGAACACAUCGAUCGGGUUCUCGACGAAGUUGGCAUCAGCGAUUGA